AUGGAAAGUUCGAAUGAUUACGAAGUUUUGUCAUGUGUAAUGUGGAAAAUGGCGCAAAGUUUCUUCUUAUUAAUUAUUUUAUCACCGCUACAAAUGUGUUGUCGGAAGAAGAAAGCAACAACAAAUGUUUCCGGAAAAGUAGCACAGAAGACGGAUGCUUCAACUGAUACAACCGGUGCCGCUGCGCAGACCGCCGUAGAAGUAAAUGCGCGAAAAGCUGAUAAAAAAAAAGAUGAGCCAAGAAAAGAUGAUCAAACUCAAAUGGAAGGAUCUGAAGAAAGUAACUUAGAAAAAGCAGAUAUCAUACCAAUGAAUAAAGUUAAAGUUAUGGGUAACAUUGAUGAAUUUCGUAAGGCAAAGAAAAUGGACAUGGAAAAGGCAGCAGAAGAGAUUAAAUCAGUUCAUGAAAUGGACAAUCAGAAAGCACUCAAUGCUGUGAUGCAUUCAAAUCUGCAUGUUACUAUCAAAGAGAAUAAAUGCAAACUUUAUGAGACAAACGAUGAACCAACGCUUGACGACGAAGCCGAGGAACCGCUCAUUUAA